AUGUCCACCUUAUUGUCAACGAUCGGCUUCUCACUUCUGAUCAUGGAAGCCCUCAUUGGAAUGGGAGCAAAUGGAUUUAUUGUCCUCACCAACAUCAUUGACUGGCUGAGAAGAAGGAAACUCUCCAUGACUGAUCUGAUCCUGACCAGUCUUGGCUUGGCCAGACUGGCUUGGCUGGCAGCAGUGAUUCUAGAUGUGACUAUGGUUUCCUUUUUUCUGAGCACCUAUGCGUUGGAUCAUGUACAUUUAAUGUUUACCAUCAUGUGGGUAUUUACAAACAGUGUCAACCUUUGGUUUGCUUCUUGUCUCGGCGUUUGGAACUUAAUGAAGAUCGCCAUCUUCUCCCACCCUGUUUUCCUCCAGGUGAAGAGACGUUUCUCUGGGCUGGUCCCAUGGCUGCUGCUGGGCUCAAUCGUCUUGUCUGCUUUUAUGACUAUUAUUGUUAUCGCAGCUUUGAAAACUGGCUCUUCCAUUUACAACCCAUACAGCAGUGAGUCAGAAAUUAGAAAUCGUUCUUUAAGUAAGAGGCUUGCUAUUAUAAGCAUUGCCCCAACUUUCAUCCCCUUGGCAUUUUUUGCAUUCUCCAUCAUCUUCUUAAUAAUCUCUCUCUGGAAGCACAUGAGACAUUUGCAACACGAUGGAAUCAUCACCAGCCAUCUCAACACCAAGGUUCACUUGACUGCCAUCAAAGCCCUGGUUUCCUUUGCUAAUCUGUACUUGUUCAGUUUUGUGGUGAUCGUUACAAAGGGAAUGCUGAGCGGGAGAAUAAAGGAUCCUGAUGAAACGUCUGUGUUUUUUCACAAUGUGAGUGCUCUGUACCCCUCUGGGCAUUCCAUCAUCCUGAUAUUAAUUAAUCCCAAGAUGAAACAGGCGUGGGUCAGGAUGAUGCACCACUUAAAAUGCCCUCUGAGGAAGACACCAUCUUAA